AUGUGGAAGGACUCCAGCAACGACGAUGCCAGGUCCGUGGCCUCCGGCAGCAGCAGCGGCGGCGGCUCCUCUCGCAGCGCCAGCCGCAGGAAGAGAACCAGCUUCUCCAAGGAGCACGUGGAGCUCCUGAGGGCCACCUUCGAGACCGACCCGUACCCCGGCAUCAGCCUCCGGGAGAGCCUGUCCCAGACCACCGGCCUGCCAGAGUCACGCAUCCAGGUGUGGUUUCAGAACCGAAGGGCUCGCACCCUGAAGUGCAAAGGGACCAAGAAGGCGCUGUGGCAGUCAGACAGCCCGCCUCACGGCGACAUCCACUCGCCCCCUGUUCCCGCCAACCUGGGGCCGCAGGUUGGACUCAUUCCCGCGAGGGCUCAGGGGCCCCCGCCGGCCUACCCCUCCCAGCUGAAGCAGGAGAUGGAGGAAGCCUGCUACCACCGACAGUGUCCUUCCACCUAUUCCACCGCCGCCGCGGAGGAGCCUGCACAGUACGGCUCCGUGUAUGAGCUUCAACAGGGGAGAUCGGUGGCCAGUCCGUCCCUGAGGGGCUACUGGCCCCAGUCGGGCAGCCAGAGCUCCCCCGUGCCCCCUCUGUGGUGCCACUCCCCCCUGGAGAUGAGAAACUACGGCUCCAGCUCCAACCCGGCGGACUUCAUGUAUCCGGGAUCAGCGGAGCAGCUGAUGUACAUGGCUUCCUCCGCCUCCACCCCAGACACCCCGGAUUCUGGAUACUGGGACGCCAGCCUGGAGAACAGCCCCCCGGCGGAGGGCCAGUACGCACAGCUGGAGGAUUCCUGGGGCGGGGUCGCUCUGGAGGACUGCGGGGAGUCGGCGCUGGUCCAGCAGGCCCCCUUACCGGAGCUGUCCCUGCAAGAGAUUCUGGGGGAGCUGGAUGAGGACUGGCUGGGGGGAAAAGGACUGGACGGCCACGCCGCCUUGGAGAAAACCCCUUUCUGCUGAUUCUGCAAUGAGGAUCAUCAAUGGACUUCAAAUCAGCUGUAAAAUUUUAGAUUUUGACAAUUUAUGCGUCGCCUCCAAAGACACGAAAUGUUCCACAUUUACUCACUCUGUCCUAAAUCCUACGUGGAUUUUA